UAGAGUUCUACUUAGUCAUUAUACUAGAUUCUAGAUCUAUUAUAGACAAUCCUGCUGAAGUCGGUAACAGGAUAAAGCUUGAAUCAAGUAGAUUACAUUUUGAUCGUCUAGAUUUCAAUCUCUGGAGUCUUUAGUUAUACUACUACUACUAGAUACAGAGAGAUCUAAUCUAGCUUUGACUAGACCUAUAACUAUAACAUAACAACGACUGUACAAAUUUUAUAUCUCUCUAAAUACUCUACUCUAAACCUAAUCUUAGAUCUCAAUAUAUCGAUCUCUAUAAUAAUAAUAUAGACCUCUAUUUAUCAACACUUCAGUCACUUCUUGAUCUAUUUAUUGAAAAUGACAACAACGUCAACAUUUCAAGGCAUGAAUACUGAUGGCAAGCCAUCCUCCAGAGUUCUGAAUCCACCAGGAGGUGCAUCUAGCAAUAUUUUUGGCUUUGAUGACAGUGCCACCCCUCAGAAAACACCAGUGAAGAACAACCCGGAUAAUGUCAAUCGAGGCAACAAUGAUAUCUUCCAUCAAGGAAACCAUCCUGUAGAAAGCACACCUAAUGUCCGCAACUCUAAUAAUGUAAAUAGAGGCUCCAAUGAUAUUUUCAACCAAGGUGCAGGUGUGUCAGCUGCUCAGCCUGCCAAGUCAACAAGAGCUCCACGAAGUGCGUAUAAUCCAAUUACUGGAGAAGCUUAUGAACAGACUAGCACCAAGCAAGAACAGGUGACUGCUCAGAAAUGUGAAGAAAAACCUAGCAGUGAAAAACAGGAAGCUGAGACACCUGGCAGUGUAAAACAGGAAGCUGAAGCAGCAGACAAUUUGAAGCAGGAAGCUCUCCCUGAAGUGAAAAAACAAGACAAUGGUGGAAUUUUGGGCAGUAAUACCAAUAAGCCUCAAGAUCAUCCAUCAACCAGAGUUAGUCAACCACCAGGUGGUCGCUCCACUAAAUUGUGGUAAUAAAAAAGUAGCAGUCUUUUAAUUAAAGCUUGAUAAAUGUUCAAUAUUAACCUGCUUUCACCUUAUCCUUUGAGUCAUUGUUUGCUGAGUUUAUGAUAAGAGUCUCAACAACUCAAUGCAUCUUACAUUUGUACAUCAACUAACACUACCUGUCAAAAAAAAAACUUCGGGAGGGAGGAAAUAGUGGCAUUCCAUUUUCCCCAGGCCAGAUUAAUCUUACUUUUUCUCUAAAUGGCUGUAAUAACACCUAUAUUAGUGCUAGUUUGUUUUGAUAGUUAUACAGUUUAGGUCUUACAAUAUUUAAGGUUAAGCAUUUAAAAAAAAAGUGUUUUAAUUACGGUAUUAUAUGUUUAAUUUUUGUUUUCUAUCGAAACUUAUCAUUUUUCAAUAUUUUUCUUUUGAGUUCAUUCUGCUUGCAAAAUAAAGGAAACUGUAGUUUUGAAGUAAACUCUGUCCAUUCGUCUUUCACUGAUGGACUAACUGUUGAUUUUCUUUUCUUAAUAUUUUUUUUGUUAUCUAGUUUUUUUUUCUACACUAUAUUUUGUUUAUUGUUUUUGUUUUUACAUUCCAAGUGAUGUAUAAGGGAGUCAAAAUACCUUUCAAAUACUUAAAAAUAAAUAAAUAUAUUUAUGAAAUAUACCUGGUGUUUGUAUAUACAAUUACAUAGACGCUAUUUCUUUAGCUUCAGAACAAUUUAAAGUUAUUAAAGCAUUUUGUAUGGUUUAUAAUACCCUUAGAAAAAAAAUCUUACUCACUGCUCUAAGGUUUAUGUUUAUAUUUCUAGCCAUAGAUAUCUGUAUAUUUAGAAAGCAGCCAUGUAGAACAGGGUGGGUUUUUUUUUUGUUGUGUGUUUUCAAAAAUAUACUAAUUACUGUAUCUCAAAUUUAAGAACAAAUUCAUUAAGUAACUUUAGGCACAAUAAUAGUCUUAAAUAUAAAUUUGUUCAGAAAUUUGUUGUUGUGGUUUACUAAAUAAAUUGUAUGUCUUAAGAUUUAUUUAUAUUCUAGUAUAUCACUAAUGAUGAGGCUUAAAUAUUUACAUUUAAAAUAUAAAUCAAGUCUGUACUGUAGUAUGAGGUGAAGUGUGCAUAUAUGUAUAGUCACUGUCAUCUCUUUGUAAAAGUGUACCACUGUGCACAUACUAAUCAUUGUCCUCAUAUUUUCAACCACAGAAUUGACAAGGAUUCCAUUGUGUGAUUUAAGUAGUAAUAAAGUGAACCUUGUAAUUCAUAAUAUUGCUUAAAAUCAAACUUAUUAUUACACACCUAUAUUGUAACAUAGGUUUACAGAUUGAAUCUCCUACUUUACUCUUUUUAUCUCAUUCAAUACAGCAGCAGGCCCUCUUUCAGGUGUAGUCUUAUGUAAAUAUGGAUUAUUUGAAUGUAUAAUCGAAAUUCAAAUAGUAGUACUAUUUUUACAUUUGUUAAAAAAAAAAAAUACUUAAAUUUGUUCUUUUUUUUACUUUUCCAUGAAAUUUUUUUACGUCAGCUUUUAUAAUUUAUACUUUUUUUUAUGAUAAAAGAGUGCCUUUAUAUUUUAUCAUACUGCUUUUGGCCAAGAACCACCUAGAGAGUAGGGAGGAACUGAAAAGUUUCUCAAAGUUUUUUGUUUGUGUUUUUUUUUUAAAGUGUUUUGCUGUUUCUUGAAAUAAAAAUCUAAAAAAAAAUUAAAAACCUCUUUUCAGAAAUA